CAUCAUUUUGUGACGUAAGUUUAAAUUUACAUACAGAUAGGUAUGUAUGUAAGUUUAAAAAUAAAGAUAACAACAAAUUUUCGAUAUUAACGAAACAAGAAGAAAAUCUACUUUUUUAAAAUACUUACAUUUUCUAAAAACGUCUAAACAUUUUAAGAAAAUGUUGAGGGAAUAAUAUAGUCAUAUUUACAUUAAACUCGCAUAAAAAAAAAUCAACUUUGAUACUCGAAAUAUGGAUUAUGCAAUAUUUAAGAUUAAAUAUUCCCUGUAUAAAUCGAUUUUAAUUAUAAAAAAAAUAUAUCGAUAAGUUGAAAUAUCGAUUAAUAUUCUCGAUGAGCCUAAAAUUCUUCUUUGUUUGUAAAUAAGUAUUUUUCGGUGUUUUUACAAUAAUCCCAAUAAUUUCAAUUUUAUUUGUAUAGUCGUAGAUACUAACUAACGAUUUUCAGAAAAAAACUUUCGAUAUCUUAUUAAGUGCUCAGUUCAAAGCAAGUUCUGCAGUCAACUUUGCUUACUUAUAAAUAAAAAAUCGAAAAUGUGUGAUAAAUCCUAUCGACCAUUAGACGAGGGGCCUUGUAGUGUUAAAUUGAGGUCACAGAAAUAUAUUGGUAUAAAGAAAUGUCUACAGAUAUUCAGUGUGCUAGCAGUUCUGGUCUGUAUUAUGUGUGCUGGAAUGGUGUUUAUUAUUCAUCAAUCAGAUCAUGGGAACUCAUAUUCAUUUGACUGGAUUAAACCAAAAAAUCACCUUAUUGUUUAUUCCAUUAAAAAAAGUCAUGAAGAAAUUGUUACAAGAGCAACAAACACACUAAAUAAGGCUCCUAAGGAAACUGAAAAGGUGGUAUCAUGUUAUUAUGAUACUCCUAGCCUAAAUGAAUCUAACCAGUUAUUACCUACAGAUAUACACCCACAUCUUUGCACACACAUUAAUGUUGCUUUUGCAAGAAUAGUUAACAAAAAGAUAAGCUUAGAAGACUCUCAAUACAAAGUUUUGUUGGACAUAAUAAAACUUAAAACAGUAAAUCCAACACUGAAAAUUUUGCUCUCUGUGGGGGGUGCAGGCAAUGGAAGCGGGUUUUCAGAGAUGGUAAUAAAUCAUGCAUCAAGAAAAUUAUUUAUUAAAUCUGUGAAAAGCAUACUUCACAAUUAUAAUUUAGAUGGAAUUGAUAUCGAUUGGGAAUUUCCCGUUUUUGAUAAUGGCAAAAGUAACAAUACAGACUCCCGAGAAAGACAACAUUUCUCACAGUUGUUGAGGGAAAUAAGAAGCGAGUAUAUAAGAGAGAAACGUGAUUAUUUACUGACCGUAGCAGUGGCAGCACCCAAGACAAUAGUCGAUGUUUCUUAUGAUAUAGAUCAACUUAAUUUAUAUACUGACUAUGUAAAUGUCAUGACAUAUGACUUUCAUUCAUAUACAAAAUACACUCCAUUCACAGGCUUCAACUCCCCACUGUAUCCAAAACAUGAUGAGAUCCUAUAUAUGGCCACAUUGAAUAUAAACUACACUGUUCAGAUGUAUUUAACUAAAGGACUGCACAAAGAUAAAAUUGUAGUUGGAGUACCCACAUAUGGACAUUCCUUUACAUUGGUAAACCCUGACAAUGCUAGAGUGGGCAGUCCAGCAUCAGGGUAUGGAAGUUUGGGAGGUACAGGAUUUGUAAAUUAUCCAGAUAUAUGCCUAUUUGUAGCAAACCAUAGUGAUGUAGUGAUAAAAGAAGAUGAGGAGGCUAAAGUACCAUACCUUUACAAAGGCAAAGAGUGGGUGUCAUAUGAGUCACCAGCGAGUGUUGCUGCCAAAGCGGACUUCAUCAGGGAUCACGACUUGCGUGGUGCUAUGAUCUACUCGUUGAAUGCAGAUGAUUUCAUUGGCAUCUGCUCAGAGCAAUCAAGCGGUGACAUUAAGUUUCCACUGCUUCGAUCUAUUAAAAAUUCCUUACUCGGUUAUGACUCCUCUGCUGAAUAUUAAAGUUCAGAAAGUAGGUAAGUAACCGUCCACCACAUGAUUAAUAUAUAGAUGAGGCUCAAUUUAUAAAGGUGAAAGUGCUUGUUUACCUUUUUUCUCUUGGACACAUAUGUGAUUUUAUACAUAAUGCAGGAUUUCAUUAUAAAAUCGAUGAGCCUGACUAGUUAUUGGACGCCCGUCGUCGGGCCCGUCCACCGCGCUCGGCCCAGGCAGCAAGCGCGCGCGCACGCCGCCGCCGCGCGACCACUGCGACGAUGCUCACCCGAACAGAACCGCACACGCAUUCAUUAUAAAGUCUUAUUAACUUUUACAGUUUAAAAAAAUAUGUUAUGUGUUAAUUUAUUGUUUCGUUGAGCACAAUAUAGCGAAUGUUUCCGCUUGACCGAAUCUGUUGCAGCGUUGUGGCUAAUUAAUUCAGGUAGCCGCACACCUAACGCUAGCUGAUGGAUAUUCACAGAUGUUUAUUUUACUUCACUGGUCAAUAGAAUUUAGAACUGAAGUCAUGUUUGUACUCUGACCAUACUUAGCGAUACCGUGGGCAGUUGCUGACAUUGGAAUAUACAGGCAGAACGAAUAUUGCGCAGUCGGCAAUGAGACACCUAUCGAAAAAUAUUAACAAUAUUGUUAUGUAUUUCUAUAAAUAUUAAGUACCCAUUAUGUAGAUUGCAACUUUGUAGACGGAUCUAUUUAACAAAGAAUUUUGAGUCUAGGUUUACGAUUCGCGGUACAUUCUUUAAAAAAAUACAGACCCGUCGAUCAUAGAACUUUUUAAAUUUUU